AUGGAGCAGUGGCACAGUUUGGCAGAUCAGACGGAAGCUGAUAACUGUUCAGAUUCGGUGAAAUUUGAUGCUCGCUCAAUGACAACUUUGAUUCCUCAGAAUCCUAAAAAUGGCCCUGCUCUUCAAAAGAAACUGAAGGUUUUCAAAGUUGCAUUGAUUGUUCUGUAUCUCCUUGUGUUUGCACUUCUCAUACUUGUCAUCGGAAUAGUGGCAGAUCAACUUCUGAAACGGGACAUGGAAACUUGCACAGUUGAUUCAAUUAAGACAAAUGGUAUGUCUCAAAGUUUUACCGGAAAAGAAACUCACAGAGAAGAUGAAAAGAGAUUUCAAGUUGUUAUGCAACGCAUGAGCACCAUAGAGAAGAGAAUCCAAGAUAUUUCAGAUAUGGAAGCCACCCUAGCAGACUCAGAGCAUUUCCAAAAUUUCUGUGUGACAACUGAACAGAGAUUUAAUUUUGUUCUUUUCCUGCUCAGUAACUUAACUUCCUUAGUGAAUGAACAUGAAGGCACAGUAGACUAUAUCUCCAAGUCCUUAAUAAGUCUGAAUACCACUUUGCUUGGUUUACAGCUUAAUACAGAGACACUGAAUAGCAAAGUUCAAGAGAAUACAUUGAAACAACAAGAGGAAAUCAGAAAAUUAGAGUAUCGUGUAUACAAUGCAUCAGCAGAAAUCAUGUCUCUGAAAGAAGAACAAGUAUAUUUGGAACAGGAAAUAAAAGGAGAAGUGAAAUUAUUGCAUAACAUCACUAAUGAUCUAAGACUGAAAGAUUGGGAACAUUCUCAAACAUUAAGAAAUAUUGCUGUAGUUCAAGGCCCUCCUGGACCCCCAGGAGAAAAAGGAGAUAGAGGUCCUACUGGAGAAAGUGGUCCACAAGGCAUUCCAGGUCCAAUAGGUCCACCUGGUUUUAAAGGUGACCGAGGAGAAAUUGGCUUCUCUGGAAUUCGAGGAUUCCCAGGCACAACUGGGAGGACAGGGCGUCCAGGUAUCCCUGGACAAAAGGGCCAGAAAGGAGAAAAAGGAAGUGGAAGCACACUAACUCCAGCUAACAUGGUCCGACUGGUAGGAGGAAGCAUACCCCAUGAGGGUAGAGUGGAGAUUUUCCACAAUGGCCAGUGGGGCACAAUUUGUGAUGACCACUGGGAAAUACGCAAUGGAUUGGUAGUCUGUAAGAGUCUGGGAUACCGAGGAGUUCUAAGUGUGCAUAAGGGAGCUUACUUUGGACAAGGUGCUGGCCCAAUCUGGCUAAAUGAAGUGUAUUGUUUUGGGAGAGAAGCAUCUAUUGAGGAGUGUAAAAUCAAACAAUGGGGAGUGAGGACCUGUUCACAUACUGAAGAUGCUGGAGUUACUUGCAAUGUAUAA